AUGUUUGAAGAUGAAAUAGUAAACCAGACUAGGAGCUAUGAGUCGGCAGCCAAGGAUAUAGAACAGGAAAAGAAGAUGGUGGCAGCUUUGAAGCGUUUGUCUAUAAGUAACAUGAUGAGUUACGAUCCUGACUUGCCUAUUGAAGAUAUGGAAUACCAAUAUCAAUAUCAGCAGCACAAUGAUGAUCUGUCCAACAAAAGUCCACCCACAUCACCUCAGAUGAGAAGAAGUUCGUCACUUUCGCGUAAAUCAUCUCUCAAGGGUCGCCCAUCACCAUCUGAGGACUCUUUACAUCAAGAUCAGGAUGAAAUGGGAGAGAAUAUUUCGGAUGAUCCACAGCAAGAACAGGUGCUAGAUACGGAAACAUUGUUAUGGGUUCCAGCUGAUUUGCACCCCGAAGUUGAUCCAGAACAAUUCAAAAUUCACGUCAAAACGAAGGUGGGAGAAAUUAUGGAGAGAAAACUGAGUAGAAAAAAUUCAUUGAGUAGACAUUCUUCCCUUUCGUCAUCAUUUUUAGCAGAUGAUAAGGAAGAGCCGAGUCAAUCAGAUUUAGAAACCCCAGAGAAGAACAUUAAAAAUGAUAAUCUUGAAGUCGAACAACAAUCUUACCAAGAGAAAAGAUUUAGCAAUCCAUCAUUACGUGACUUGAGUUUCGAGCUAGAAAAUUUAUCAAGAUUAGCUGGAAUGGACUCUACUGACGCAGUCACAAUAGCUCGGACCUUGUCGAGUUCUUCUUUAGGUUACACUGAUGUUGAAAAGCAAGCAUUUGAUGAAUUAUCUUCUCCACCGCACACAUCUCCAAAUAACUCGACUAGGAGACGAGAAACAGACACUUCGCAGAAUAAAGCAUUUGUUGACCCAGAAUCACCAACGUCUCAUAAAACAGUCAAUAGAUUACCCCAAGAGCACGCAUAUAGUCAUUCUGGUAGACAUGAACAGCAAUCUCGCCAACAUCAAGAUUAUCAAAGGGCAAAAUCACAAUUUAGUCCAAAUGAUUUUUCUUUAAAAAGAAGUAGAAGGCUAGACUAUAGAAAGCUUUCUAAUCCUUCGGCGUCUGGCUCCAGUUUACAAAAUAACAAGGCAGGAAAAUUAGCUGAAUUAAGAAAUAAUUUAAACUCUCCUUCUCCAUCGCCAGUUACACACCAAUAUCAUUUAACCAAGCAACCUGAGCAUAAAUCAAAGGGUAAGCAGCGCAAAGCUCGUGAUUCUCAACUUUUAUUCAGUUAUCGUAAUCCAAAUGUCCCACCCGAAUCACAAUCGUCCAAGGAUUCCCCGUAUCCGAAUUCUGCAUCAUCAAGUUCUCCACUUGAACAACAGUUUAACACGCAUAAAUUUAGCCAACAUAAUGUAACUGCAAAACGCAUAUCGCAUAUUAAAAAUCAUAAAGAUCAAUAUGGCUUACUCCAGAAGCAAGGAUAUUCAAGAACAUCUUCUAGGUCUUCAUCUGGAGGAUCUGGCAAUCAUUCGGUACAAUCUUUCGAAAAAGAGAAGACUCGUCCUAUUCAAUCACCUCCGAAUCAGCCAUUCCCAUCUCACACAAUCAAUAAGCAAAAAUUUCCACCUUCCUCACAGAGUAAAUAUCGAUCCGACAACAGAAAACACCAUCACAGAUCUCAUGGCCAACAAAAUGAUAGAUUAAAACAACAAAUUCCGCAGCAGUCAAAAAACUAUGUAUUUCAAUUGCAAAUUCCUAAGACACGGUCUGAGAAUCGGAAAUUUGAUUCUAAUAAUGAAACAGACUUAGUUAACAAGAAGUCAGUUCCUCAAAUUAAGAUAAUAAAUGACUCUUCUAAUAAUAGAACAGAAGAUAAAUCUACACAAUUAAACCAGAAUCUUGACAUGUUGAGAUCUGAAAUUAAUGAAUUCAAGGAAAGCUUAACAAAGAUCGACUCCCCAGCCUUCAGCGGAAGUCGUUCCGCUUCUGAUAGUGAUUUACCAGAAAGUAGUGACAAUAACGAGUCCGAUUUCAGCUUCGAAGCGUCAUACCAGAAUAUAAGCUAUGAAGACAGCUUAGGAAUUGAGAAGGAUGUUUUGAAUGAACUUGACAAAGAGAAAUCUAGUAACAUCGAUGACGCAGGCGGCGAUUUGGAAAAUAAGAAAGCCAAUCCAUUUGUUAGUCCAGAGAAACCGACAGCAACUCAAGAACCUGUUUCUGAAUUGGUAGAGGAAAGGGGUAAUGAUAAAGGAGAUAGUAACAGUGAAGAUUUGUUGCAAGAUUUUGAAAUUGAUUUUGAUCGAAAUGCAAAUAAGGAUGUGAUAGAACUAUCUGAGAUUGAUCAGGAUCCACUUAUAGAAGAAAUUGCAGGCACACCUGACGAAGAAUUUAUAUCUAAAUCAAGUGAACCCGUGUCUCGAGUCUCAUCUACUGGUGAAGUACAAAAGAAGAAGUCUUUUGGUUUGCUACCAAAUCAUUCAUCAAGCUCUUUCAAUUCUGAGACAGAGACUAAGAAGACUUUAAAGAAGAAAAAAUCAUGGCCGUGGUUAAAAGAAAGAUCUGCAAGUUUUUCAUCCAGUGAUGGUAACAAAUUACCAAGCUUACCAGAAGCAAAAUCACCAUCGAGAUCAUUUUCAACCCCUGAAACACCUACUAAGAAGAGGCAAGAACAACAACAGAUAUCUAAAGAAAUUCCUAGGACUCAGGAUAUAAAACCAUCUGCUUCUAUUGGAAAAGAAAAUAUGAUUAGUAAGUUUUUCAAGAAAAAAAGAUCGAAUUCUUCUACUUCAGUAUCUUCAUCUUCUGAUAUCACGAAUAUGGAUAGCAAGCCCGUACAAGAUUCAGGAGUUACUAUUGACUACGAAUCAGAUUCUGAAGCCAAGAAGAAUAUACAAGGAAAAUUGAAGGGUGGAAUAUUCAAGAAAAUGAAUAGGAACAAGCAAAAUGAAAAGGAGAAAGAAAGACUCCAAUCAUUGAAGUCUACAUCUGUAACUUCAUUAGUAUCACUGAUUGAGAAAGGCAAUAGUACUGAAGACUUACAUGAACUCGAAGUAUCUCGUGAAUUAAAGAAAGGUCAUAUAAUACAAGAUUUCGAAAGAGAUGUUCAAUCUUUCUCACAUAAUGUGUCUGAGGUGGGUAAGCAAGAUGAAGUGGAACCAUUGUCAAAAUUAAGAGAGGAAGAUAACGAGGAGACUUUGAUGGAUAAUGAAAAAGGAAAAGGAAAAGAAAAGGAAACGGAAAAAACAAAACCUAAGAUUAAAACGAAGCUAUUAGAGUCGAGAAAGGAAAGAGCACUUCGAAAAUCUGAACAAAGUAAGACUGAGGUGCCUAAACAGGUUACAGAAGUCAUGCAAGAUGAGGCUGACAUAGAGGAUCAAGCUAAGCAGACAAUAAAGCCAGAAGAUGAGAAAGAAGUGUCUCGUUCUGCUCUUGACGUACAAGAAAAAUUGAAAAAAUCCAUCAAAAGAACUUCCAAAGCCAAUCAACCUAUCGAGUUUACAGACUCCGCGUUUGGAUUCCCUCUACCACCUCCUUCCCAGUCUACAUUGGUCAUGUUAGACUACAGAUUCCCGGUACAUGUGGAAAGGGCCAUUUAUCGUUUAUCCCACUUGAAAUUAGCCAAUCCUAAGCGAUCGCUCAGAGAGCAAGUUCUCUUGUCAAAUUUCAUGUAUGCAUACCUUAAUUUAGUAGACCACACAUUACACUUGGAACAAUUGAACAAUAACACCGAAAAUACUACUGAAGUGCUCGAUGAUACAAAAGAAUUGAAUUUCGCAGCCGAAGACGUAAUCGUGACAGAAGACGAACUAGAUGAUACUCAACAUGAUUCGGAUCAAGUAAGUAUCGAUUUAGACAUUGUUGAUCUUAGCAAUACCCCUGCAACUACAGCAGAAGUUCAAUAA